CGCAAAGAAGAAACCAAUUUUCAAUCUUCUUGUAGAUGCAUAGAGAUAUGUAUUCUUCAAGAGGGACUGGCUACGGACAACAGCAAUACGGUUCGCAAUCUGGUUAUGCUCAGAAUCUUGGAUCUGGUUAUCCAGGAAGUUCAGUGAGUGGUGCAGAAGGAGGAGGCUCUCAGAUUUCUUUGAGUUCUCGCCAUCCUUCAAUUACAGGUGCUUCUCAAGAGACUGACAUUGGUGGUGGAUAUAGAACUCAUUUAUCCACAGCUGCUAGUCAUUACGGAACGCAGUAUGGCUCUGUGUAUGGAUCAUCUUCUCUUAGCAGCUCUCAGCCUUUAAGUACCAAUGGUUUAGGUUCAUCAGUCUUGGACAACCGCUCUGGAUAUGUUCCUACUUUACCUGAUUCACCAAAGUUUGCAUCUGGAAGCUAUUUGUCUCCCUCGAGUCAUGGUUAUGGUCAAAAGGCGGAUGAUUUGUAUUCCGAUAAGCUGUCUGGUUACAUUCCUGUUGAUAGAAGGCAGUAUGGUGAACGGCCAAGCGCUUAUAUGGGUAGGGAGUUGCAAAAUGAACCAACUAGUCGAUAUACUGAUUCAUCUAAUUUUACUCGUCAGACUGACUUGUAUGAUCGCAUUGAUCAAGCAUCGCUCCUCCGAGGAGAACAAUUAUUAAAAAUGCAGUCGCUCCAUACCUCUUCUGUUGAUGCAGGUGUCAACAGACAAGCCGAUUAUCUUACAGAACGAAGUUCUACUGUGCGCCAUUCUGACCAAGAAGCUAUGCAUUAUGGAGGAAGGCUUGAGUCUGAUCCUCACGGUUUAUCAGUACGCAACACAUCUUCUUAUGCCAGCCAACAUACCCCAUCGUUAUUAGGAGCUGUUCCUCGGCGAAAUUUAGAUGACUAUAUUUAUCCGGAGAGUUCUUCAAAUCCUGGUUAUGGUGUUAGCUUACCUCCAGGCAGGGAUUAUGGCACUGGGAAAGGGAUCCAUAGUGCAGCGUCUCUCGACUUGGACUACCCUAGUGGCAUGCUGCCUCGUGGUGGUGGCGCUGGUCCUCGUGUUGAUGAUCUCCGGAAAGAUGACCGGGCAAGUUAUCUCAGGGAGUUUGAUCUAAGGGAAGAAGAGCGUCGUCGUGAGGAUUUACGCGCCAGAGAUAAGGAGCGAGAGCGAGAGAGGGAGCGCGAACGUGAAAGAGAACGAGAUCGCCAGAGGGAACGAGAAAGGCAAAGAGCUAGGGACCGGGAAAGGGAACGCAUAUUGGAGCGACGGGAGAAGGAAAGAGAAGGAGAAAGAGAACGUGAGCGAAAACGUGCUCUUGAAAUAAAACGAGAUCGAACUCCAACAGCAAGAGCUACGUCCAAAGACACAAAGGAGCGGACUCCAGUGCCCAAAUCUAUUUCUAGGGAUGCACGUAGUUCCUCUUUGCGGCGGGAUGCACACCAUCACGAAGCAUCAAUUAGGCGUUCUUCACCGAUUAAGCCAGUAAGGAGAGAUUAUGUCUGCAAGGUUUUAUCUUCGCGAUUGGUUGACAUGGAGAGGGAUUACUUGACAUUAGAUAAAAGAUAUCCCAGGCUUUUUGUGCCUUCUGAGUUUUCGAAGGUUGUUGUGAACUGGCCGAAACAGAAGCUUACACUUUCUAUGCAUACUGCUGUGAGUUUUGAACAUGAUUACAUUGAAGAUGGUGGGGCUGAUGUGAAAAGUACUUCCACAAAGCCUUUAGCUUUGAAAACUGGAGAAAAAACUGUUUGGAAUGCCAAGAUGGUUUUGAUGAGCGGACUGAGUAGGACUGCUCUGGAAGAUCUUUCUUCAGAUAAAUUGUUUGAGGACCGUAUACCUCAUAUAUGCAACAUAAUAAAAUUCGCUGUUCUUAAAAAAGAUCAUUCGUUCAUGGCGAUUGGUGGUUCCUGGGAUCCCACAGAUGGCAUGGACCCAUCAGUUGAUCAGUCUUCCUUAAUUCAGACAAUGCUGAGACACACAAAGGAUAAGCUUCAUCUUGAUCUGAGUAACUGCCGUCACUGGAAUCCAUUCCUCGAGAUACAUUAUGACAGAGUUGGUACAGAUGGAGUUUUUAGCUACAAAGAGAUCACCGUACUAUUUGUCCCUGAUUUAUCAGAAUGUCUUCCUUCAUUUGAUACUUGGAGAACCCAAUGGUUGGCACACAGGAAAGCUCUUAUUGAGAGAGAUCGACUACUCUCUCAGGAGGUUAAGAAAGAUACUGUUGAAGUAACCAAGGAUGCAGAGAAAAAGUCCCCAGGAGACACUUCUGGUACUCCGACAACUGGAACUAAGAAGACUGUUAAAAAGAUCAUUAAAAGAGUUGUUAAGAGGCCUGUCAACGAUGGAAAAGCAACUGGUAAGAAAGGUGAGAAGUCGGAUGAGAAGGAUGUUGCCAUAUCAGAGACCACAGUCCCAAAAGAAGAAUCCACUGGUACAUCUUCUAACAAAAAAAUAGUGAAAAAGGCAGCUGAAACUGGAGAUACCUCAGAUCCCAGUGCUAAGGCUAAUGAGCAGACUCCUUCAAAGACAAUUGUAAAGAAAAAAAUUAUUAAAAGGGUGGCUAAAAGGAAGGUUGCUGAAAUAGACAGUAAAAUGGACGGUGACUCCAAGAAAGACGGAGAUAGUGAUGAGAAAAAGGUAGUGGAGGCAGGCAAGAAAACCCCUGAUUCAGGUAGUAUGGAGAUAAAACCGAUGGCCGAAUCUUUAGAAGAUGUGAAAGACAAGAAUGCCUCCAAAACUGUGGAUAUAAAACAGAAUACAGGAUCUCCGGAUACUAAGAAAAACGAGGGUGCCUCUAGUUCAAGCAAGAAAGACACUAAGACAGGUGAAGACAAGAAGGUUGAAAAGAAAAACAGCUCAGAGACUCAGUCUGAGGGGAAGAAAAUUGAUAGGAAUAAUGCUGAUGAGAAAAAGGUAAAAGAAAAAAUUACCGAGAAAGAGAUAAAAGAGAGAGGUGGAAAAGAUGAGUCCAGGAUACAAGUGAAGGACAGGAAAAAGUGUGAGGAACCUCCUCGCGCCGGAUUUAUUCUACAGACGAAACGGAACAAAGACUCCAAAUUGCGUUCACUUUCGGCCUCUUUGGAUUCGCUCUUGGAUUACACUGACAAGGACCUUGAUGAGUCAUCAUUUGAGCUUUCAUUGUUUGCGGAAUCGCUAUAUGAGAUGCUGCAGUAUCAAAUGGGUUCCCGUAUCUUUGAAUUUCUCAAGAAACUACGUGUAAAAUUUGUGAGGCAAAGAAAUCAACGGAAGAGGCAUCAGGAGGAGUUGUCUGUCAAGCAAAACGAAGCAAAAUCCCAAAAUAAGCGUCAAAAGACUGCUGAACAUAAAGACAAGGAAACCUCCGUUAUAACCGAAUCUGCUCCUGGGAAGGAUGAUAAAGAAAAUUCAGGCAAGGAAACCGUAGACGGUAGCCAGGAAAUUGCAGAUAAGGAAGCUGUAGCAAACACCAAAGAAACUUUGAGCAGUAAAGAAGUUACUGUGGGUGAAGCUGCUAAUAGGGAGGUGGAUAAUCAGGAUGAGGAGGAUGACGAUGGUGAUGACGACCCAGAGGAAGAUCCUGAGGAGGAUCCUGAAGAGGACCCUGAAGAAGACCCUGAAGAAGAUCCAGAAGAAUGUGAGGAAAUGGACGUUGCAAAUUCUGAGCAAGAAGACCCUGCUGAAGAGGCGCAGAAGAAAGAAGAAAACCUUGAGAAGACUAGUGGCACUGUUGCUGAUCCUAUAACUGAAGUCGCAACUGAUAAUAGAAAAGAAGAAAAAGGUCGUAUUGACCCAAAAACCGAAAUCAAACCCAAGUCUGAAACGGAUAAGCACGGGAAGCAAGAUGGGGGAACAUCUGAUGCACCAAAACGAGAGGAAACAGUUGAUAAAGAGCUGUUACAGGCUUUCAGAUUUUUUGACCGUAACCAGGCAGGCUAUGUUAGGGUUGAAGAUAUGAGAGUAACCAUUCACAGCUUGGGAAAGUUUCUAUCUCACCGUGAAGUCAAGGAACUUGUGCAGAGCGCUUUGUUAGAGAGCAACACUGGAAGAGAUGAUCGAAUUUUAUACAAUAAACUUGUUAGAUUGUCUCUAUAGAAAAAAAUAUACUUCUAAUAAUGUUCUCUUCUUGUCUUCUUUGGAACUUCCUGAGAAAUGUUUCUCCUUUUUAGUUUAUUUCGACUGUUUUAAAUCCAGCAACAAAUUCCUAUUGUUUUC